GGUUUGCCACGCCUCCCUGCACGCACCAACUUUCUACCCCUCCCGGCCAACUCAACACCUUGCACAACGAAGGGAGAAUUCCACAGAAAAGGACAGCCCAUCGAACGGCUUGCCCGAGAGUACAGUGUCUUUCUCUUGUAUUUGUGUCUUCCCCCUUCCUCCCUCCACUGAGUCUCCAAUGAGCACAACAGAGGGUGCCCCCGCCGCGGAGGGGCAGCGAAAGGAGUCGGCGCACACGAAGGCAAAGAAGGAAAAGUCUGAGCCUCAUCGCUCACACGACCGCAAACAUGGACACAGCAAAAAGUCAAAGCGAGGGGAGGCCAGCAGCGCAGCAACACCGUUGUCGUCCGCUACUGCUGCCGCCGCCGCUGCAGCUUCAAACGACGAGGAGGACUGGGACGAGAACCGUGCGGCGGUGGAGCGCCUGUGCGCGCAGUACCCCAACAACAUCUGCUGCGACUGCGGCGAGAGCGGCACGCGGUGGGCCUCCGUCAACCACGGCGUGUUUGUGUGCAUUCGCUGCUCCGGCGUUCACCGUUCGCUUGGUGCACACGUGUCGAAGGUGAAGUCGACCAACAUGGACCGCUGGAGUUUAGCGGAGGUGCGGCUGAUGGAGGCGAUCGGCAACACCAAGGGCAAGACGCUUUACGAGGCUCGUUUACCCUCGGGCACCCGCCCCGCUUUAGGUGGCGGCAGCGUCGCGGACGAUGCGUUGAAGUCCUUCAUUCGCCGCAAGUACGUGGAUCGCGAGUUUGCGAUGCACAACGUAAAGGAUGUGCUGCGCAGGCUCUACCGCGACACGGGUUAUGGCCGCCCGCCGAAGAAGCCGUCAAAGAUUGGCGAGGCGACCGCGUCGGCGUCUAGCGCGCGUGAAGCACCGCCGCUGGAUCGCGCGGCCAUCACCGGGAAGCGGGGGGACACGAUGCGUGCUUUGUACGGUGAGGCGGCGGAGGAGAUGCAGCGCCGCGCGUCGAAGCGCAAGAAGGGCGGCGCGGAGGGGAGUUCGCUGGAUGCCGCUGCGCCACAGCCAACGUUUGGUGCCUUCGGCUUGGUGAACGUGCCGGCUGAUGCGUACGACGAGCGGUGGAGGCGGACCUUGGAAGUGUUUAACCACGUUGAGGCGGUAGCUGUAGCGGAGGAGGCCGUGAGAGAAGAGGAGGAGCAGGAAGGGGGAGACAGUCCUGAAGAAAAAUCUGACCCUUCGUCACCUCCGGCCGCGGCGACCGCAACGGCAGAAGACGGCGCCACGGAGGCGAGUAGUGGAGAUGUGGUGGCCGCAGGGCUUUCCUAG